AUGACGGAUGGCUUGCUCUUGUCGGUGUCAUCGUACGCCCAGGAUGUCUUGGCCUUUGCCUCCAUGUUCUUGAACAAAUGCGGGUUCCUGUCAGCGGUACCAAGAUCUGCUCCGAUAGGCAUUGCUGCGCAGACCUUCGCAUCCGUGGAGGAGAGGAACGAGAUGAUGCUCCAAAACAGUUUCCUCCGCGAGCGCUUCACCGAGGAGUAUGAAAACAAGCUGUACAAGUGCGGCGUGCGGCUUGCUGUCUUCAACCAAGCCCUGCGGCGGUCGGAGGUGAUGACCAACACUGCCCGGAUGGAUGCCGGGUUUGGGCACUUCAUUACGCCACUCCCUGCCGACGGCCUUGAGAUGGCGGCGCUGUACGGAUCCAAGUCUUUGUGGGCGACCGAUCAAGGCUAUUUCUACUCCAUCGGCCUGAUCCCAGCGACGGUUUGCGCUUCGAAGAAGUUCGUCACUGAGACGAAGAUGCCGUUCUGUGAGGUGAUCAAGGGCGAUCUGGACGAGACCAUGGAGGACUUCCGCUUCUCGAAGAAGAGGGAGGUGACCUUCGCCUACCUGGGCGAUGGGGACGACUUCGGGCUCUUCUUGGAUGGCUACACUCUGGAACGCGUGAUCCUGUGGAAGCGGGUGCCCUUGGUGAUGAAGUUUCAGCGGCACCUGGAUGCCAUUGGCAGGCCGUACACGGUCACCCUCUGCCGGUGCGGUAAAUGGGGGCGACAGGUCGACUUGGCCAUGAAAUACUCAGGCACCAGGAACCCUGAUCAGCUCCAGGCACCCAGGCACCCAGGCUCUCAGGCUCCAAGGCCCAGUAGAGUCGCUGCCGCCAUGAUUCCAGGCACUUUGAGGCAGUGGCUGGACGGCUGGGGGUCCGGCUUUCAGAGUGCCACCGAGGCCAGCAUCGGUGCCACUCAUGCCCGUUUUGGUCUCGGGGCGGCCAAACUUCCACAAAGAUUGUUGGUGGGAACUGAUUGCAGUGGCAUUGAUGCACCGAUCCAUGGCCUUAGGGAGCUCGGCAUCACGCACCAGCAUUUGUUUGGGAGUGAGGUGGCUGCUGGUCCUCGGUCGGUUAUCGAGGCUAAUACCAAGCCCUCGGUACUGUUCCACAGUGUCCUGGAUGCUGACAAGGCACCGUUCGUUCACCUGUACAUUGCCGGCUUCAGCUGCAAGCCGUUCAGCCUGCUCCACAAUAAGUCAAGGCUCCUCAAGGAAAAACAGGCUCAAAUAUUCUAUGGGGUCGUUGCACGCAUCCAACUUGUGCGGCCCUCGUGCUUCGUGCUGGAGAAUGUGUCAGGCAUCAAGCGUGUUUCUGCAAAGGUUCUGGCGGCACUCAGGUCCACAGGCUAUCAUGUCGAAAUGAUUUUGAUGAACCCUGCCGAGCUACAGGAGCCCAUCCAGAGGCCUAGGUACUACUUCAUCGGGGUCCGGCAAGAUGUGAGCCUCAUCUCGCCAAAGGACAUGUCGUGCUGGCUUCGUGAGGCUUGGGCGGAAGUCCUGGAUGCAGUUGCUUCCGGAGACGCAGUCGAUCUUUUGGAUAGACUGCUACCGGCGAGCCACCCUGCUGUGGCACAGUACCAGGAAAGCCGCAAACGGAAGUGGUCGCAAGCUUCCAACCGUGGGUUCCCAGGCUCCCAGGCUCCAGGCUCCCAUGCUCCAAAGUGGAAAGAAUUGCACAAGAUGUGCAAAGCUUCAAUGCAGCAGGGCAGCCGGUUGAAGAGUGAGAGUCGGAGGCCUUGCACUGAGAGCGGAGUCGCCUGCUGCGCAGACACGUUGUUCCUGCAUUUGCCGCGUGAGCGUGAUGCCUGGGACAUCAUUUGCACAAAGCAUGCAGGCAGUAAGGAGCUUGUCGCGGAUGUAUCCCAGAAUGUGAACCGAGCCCGGGUGCGGACCGAUGGCUCCCUGCCUACUGUUACACCUGGGGCCGUACUGGUAUCCGCACGAGCUGGAAGGAUCAUUAGCCCGCUUGAAAAAGUCAUGCUGCACGGUUUUCCAAUUCACCGUAUGGUUUUUCCCAGCAAAGUGACCGACAAGGAGCUCGCCAGCAUGGGCGGCAACACGAUGCAUGUGCAGAUUGUAGCCGUGGCAAUGAAGUUUGCGCUUGCGUUGGUAAACUGGAGCCUGCCCAAAGCUUCCCGGCCGACAGCCUUGUGCAGCACCGUUGCUGCGCCAAGCAUAACUGCUUCAGUUGUGCUCGGCGCAGCAGCUCCCAAGGCGCGAAAGGCUGCAUCGGCGCAGAAGCCUCCAAAGGCACCAAAGGCUCCAAAGGCUCAGAAGGCUGAAGGCAUGUCAGCUUUGGCAAAGCGUUGGCAGAAAGUCUUGAGACCGCAGGCAGCAAAGAAGUGCUCGAGGAAGGGUGCCACGGCCACAUUGGCGAUUUCAAUGCCAGUGGGUAGCCGCACCCUGCGUGGUCUUGCCGCUCGGUUCGGACUACGCUCCCGGAAGCAGGACCGGACGCCGACAAAAAAAAGACGAGGUCCACAAGGAUCCGUGCCUGCGGCCCCGAAGAAGCUUCGGCUCGAGUCCGGCGAAGGCCUGGCUCAGGAGGGCGACGACGACACCGGAGGCGAUUGGGGCAUCGGCUGUCACUUUUGUGCACACUUGAUGAAUGUUUUGGCACAGAACCCAGCAGAGCGGAAGAGGCUGGGCAGUCGCCUCUCUACCAAGUGGGGUGCCUAUGAGGUCCGAUCAAGGAGUGCGAUGCAGGCAUGCUGCAUACACGCUCACAGCAAGACCUUCGUUCACCAGGUGGCCACGAAGGUUUACCUAGCUCCUGACACGCCGAUCUCACAGUGCUUGCCUUACAGCAUCAAGCAUCAGCACCUCUUCUCCGGCAACGUUCCUCAGCCGGCAGAUUGGCUGCGAGCGUGGCGGGCGUGCCGGACAGCAUCUUCUUUCAAAGGUGCCGUGAAAUUCUAUUCCACGGAAGACUUCGCUGCUGGCAGGAACACGAAGCUUGACAGUCUCAAGAACAUGAUUCUUGUUAUGCACUGGGCUGUCAAGAGUGUUCGCAAGCAGCGUCUCGAACAAGCCACCAGCAUCAGCUUGUCCGUGGACGACCGCAAGGAGCAUCGUUUGGUGAGGUACCGUUGCGAUGUUCCACCGCGCACUGCCAAGCAGUCAGCGGCUCCAGGCUCCCAAGGUCCCCAAGGCUCCCAAGGCUCCCAAGGCUCGGAGGAUGGCCCGCUUGUCGCCGAUGGCUUGCUUGGGGGCUACAAGACAGGUGCCAGUGUUCCUGAAAACACAUUGGAGGAGCACGAUGCGGACAAGAGUCAGGUGAUGGCAGACAGCAUAGGCAUAGUCAUUGACAGGGCCUGUCAGGAUCCGGAAGGCAAAACUGACGAGGAGUCCUGCAGCCGCUUGAAGCUGCACGCGCGGCACUUUGCAGCCGAUCAGUGCACAUCUGCCCGGAAGUGUGGAAGGUUGUUGGUCACUGGCGGCCAGUAUCCUAACCUGGUCCUGCAGUCGACAGAGAUCCAGAAUGGAGAGGCUUCGGUGCCGCCAGCUCUGGCGAUGAUCCCCGCAGAGGCCAUGCUGGAUCCACGUCUGGGUGUCCCUGAAAAGGCUAUGGUGGAGCCUUCUCCGGAUGCACCUGCACAGGCGAUGGUGGUGCCUUCCACGAAUGUCCAUGCACAGGCCUGUUGUGCCUCCUUCGGCGAAUGUCAGUGCACAGGCGAUGGUGGCUCCGCCUUCGACGGAUCUCGCCGCAGAGGAGACCGGUGGGCCGCCGGGCACUGGCAGUGGCACCAGCGCUCCGAGGGGACCACAUGGACCGCCGGCACCGACACCUGCGUUCCAACUGGCCUCCAGGGCGAUCACGGCAUCCUCUCCUCCGACGACCUCGACUUCCUCUGGCCCUUGCCGCCGGGCCCCAGCCUAGAGGAUAGGGAGAAGCUCACCUUCGACGUGAGAAUGGCGGCCUGGAAGGCUGGAUUCAAAUAUGGAAGGGCCAUCCAGCAGAAGCACCUCGACGAGGCUCAUGCUUCGACUUGUCGCUCCACUCCAUACGACUCUGACUCUGACGCACCGCUGCUGAAGAUGACUGCAGGAGAGUGGAACUGCCUGGCCGUGGUCCUCGAUCAGACGUUCGAGUUGGGGCUUGGGAAAGAUGAAGCAGUGAGGCGAUUCGGGGUCGGCCAAGCAGUGAGGGUAUUCGGGCCUCGUGCAAUUCUCCCGGACUACCCUUCGAGGAGCAGGUUGGCGAUUGAAGCCCGUGGCCGUGUGCCCGAGAGGAAGCACAACCCUGUGCCCAAGGCCAAGCAGAAGCCGGAGGUGGUAAGGGCAGCCGGCAGUGAGGUCUCAGGCGAUCGUGGCACUUCUCGCCCGGAGUCAAAGGCUCCCAAGGCUCCCAGGCUCCCAGGCUUGGAGCUGUGA